UUCAAAAUUUAUAUACUAAAUUUAAUCACGUGAUUAAAAUUAUUUAUAUGCAAUUAAUUUAUUUACGAGUCCGUAAACCAAAGUAGAAUUUGGUUGUGAAAAAGCUGGAGGAGCGACCAGGAUGAAGUCAGAUAAGAGCCGGAGCUAGAGCUUGCAGUAGAGGUGGCAGCGGUACCAGCACCAACGCAAGCAGCGUAGACCGUAGUGGAAGUAGUGUAGCUCGGUGGUGGUGGUGAAGAAGACCCGUGGAGGAGAAGGAGGCGCAGAAAAGUGAGAACCUCGGGUCUUUUACGCGCGCGCUCGUCUCUCCUAUCCGGCUCUGCGUCAGUAAGAUCUCCCACGGGCUGGCGAAAGCACCGUGAGUCGAAAGCUCUGUCUCGAGAGUACGAAGCCGCUUUAUUUAUACUCUCAAUUUUAUUUUAUUUUAUCAAAUCAUAGACAAUUUAUUGUCCUGGUUUACGAGACACGGGUGUUGAUUUUUGAUUCGAGAGGCUGAUUUGCCAGGACGAAGGUGGACCCCAGGUUAAUCAUGCCUCGGUCAAGGCUAGAUCCGGGCGACAGCUUCGUCAUUUGUGAUUUGUAAAACUUCAAUCCUUUUAUUUUAAUUAGCUAUUAAUUUACAUUAAAUUUAGUGAAUUUUAAGUAGAGUCUUCUUCUGACUGGUCGUAUAUAUAGAUAUAAAUAAAUAUAUAUCGGGUGGGUUUGUGUACCAGCUAAUUUUGGCAGGCCUAGAGAAAAACAAGUGGCAAGUGGCAAGUGGGCAGACAUGCUGACCGAGAAUGAAACCGUGUGCCGAGCUCGUGUGUCCAGAUAACAAUUUUUUUUUAUAUAAGAUAUAAUGUAUAGCAAAGAAUCUAAUGUCAGAUAUUUAUAAUUAAUAAGGAAAGAGGGAACUGAUAAGCGAUAGGUUUUACUGUCAAAUAUUUGUGGACUUUGUUGGUGUGCUGAAUCAGAUCCGAAUUUGACUAGAUUUUUCGUACAAUAGUGAUCGGUGGUGGCGCGAUGACGAGGUCACCCAAGAGGAAGAGGAUGCCGAUGAUGACGAUGGAGGGCACGUUGCCAAGGCGUGAUCGCCCGGCGGUGAAAAUGCCGCGUGUGCGGCUGUUCCUGUCACGUUUCCACUCGAGGUUGUCGACAGCCUCGUGAGUGCAGUCGGGUUUUCACUGAAGAAGAAAAGGGAGGAUUCAUUUCUUCGGAGGAUGCCGGGCCGCGGCUCAAGGAUUUCUGCCCGUCCUUGUCGGCGUCGGCAUCACUAUCACUCUAAUAAAAUUAAUUAUUAUAAUAAUAUCCACCCGAUUUUUACAAUUAAUUGAACAAGUAGUUGAAGAUAUUUUGCCAAAAGUUGUUGUUAAGAUCAGUGGUCGGUGUGUUAAGAUAUAGUGAUCAAGGGUGACUGUGACGUGGUGUUAGUGACUCCAUUUUAAUUAUCACAAUAAUAAUGAGAUCGUCUUCAGAUAUAAUACAAUUUAAUUCAGAUCACGGGUACUUUGAAUUAUUGUAGUCAAGACAAUUAAACUCUUGUUGAAUUCGCGACGUUUUGUCUAGAUUUAUUUAGACUUUAUCAAGCUCUGAAGGCUCUGAAGAAUACAAUGGAAAUAUAACAUACCAUUAUUUAUAAAAAAUUUUUUAAAAAUUAAAUUAUUUUACAAAUAAAAUUUAUUAAUAAUUAUUUAUAAAAAAUUAAAUUCUUCAAGAAUUAAAGUAGAUAAAAACCAUGACUAACCUCAACUUGCUUAACUGUUAGUCACAAAUAAAAAUAAUAAUAAUUGUUAAUAAUACAGUAAAAAAAAAAGAGAGUGAAAGAAACAAAUUAACCACUCCAAUAAAGAGUGGACGAAAAAAAUAAACAAAAACGUAGAAUAAAUAAUUCCACCGUCAAACAUGGCCUCGGUGGCAGCCUGGCUGCCGUUUGCCCGCGCGGCGGCGAUAGGAUGGGUGCCGAUAGCCACCCACCCACUACCACCGCCGCCGAUCCCCAAAGACAGACGAAAAGCUGAUGACGAGAAGCUCCUUAUAAAUGUCAGUGGUCGUCGUUUCGAGACGUGGCGCAACACCCUCGAGAAGUAUCCCGACACUCUCCUCGGUUCGAACGAACGCGAGUUCUUCUAUGACGAGGACAGCAAAGAGUACUUCUUCGACAGGGACCCGGAUAUAUUUCGACAUAUAUUAAACUAUUACAGAACGGGAAAGCUCCACUACCCGAAGCACGAGUGUCUGACUAGCUAUGACGAGGAGCUCGCGUUUUUCGGCAUUCUCCCUGACGUUAUUGGGGACUGUUGUUACGAGGACUACCGCGACCGCAAGCGCGAAAACGCUGAGAGGCUGAUGGACGACAAGCUCAGCGAAAACGGGGAGCAGAACCUCCAGCAGCUGACGGACAUCAGACAGAAAAUGUGGCGGGCAUUCGAGAACCCCCACAUCUCCACCGCAGCUCUGGUCUUCUAUUACGUCACUGGAUUCUUUAUUGCGGUGAGUGUCCUGGCGAACGUCGUGGAAACAGUCCCCUGCGGGUCGAGGCCUGGAAGAGCCGGAACUCUUUCUUGUGGAGAGAGGUACAAGAUUGUAUUCUUCUGCCUGGACACAGCCUGUGUCAUGAUCUUCACCGCGGAGUACCUUCUAAGGUUGUUCGCGGCACCUAGCAGGUGCAAGUUUGCGAGGUCAGUGAUGUCGAUUAUCGACGUGGUGGCCAUUCUGCCGUACUACAUUGGCCUUGGUAUCACCGACAACGAUGACGUAUCCGGUGCAUUUGUUACUUUGCGAGUCUUCCGGGUCUUUCGGAUCUUCAAGUUCUCUCGGCACUCCCAGGGGCUGAGGAUUCUUGGGUACACGCUUAAGUCGUGCGCCUCUGAACUUGGGUUCCUUGUGUUCUCUCUUGCCAUGGCCAUCAUUAUUUUUGCCACCGUUAUGUUUUAUGCCGAGAAGAAUGUCGAGGGCACCAAUUUCACAUCAAUACCUGCUGCUUUCUGGUACACUAUUGUCACUAUGACCACGCUUGGCUAUGGCGACAUGGUGCCUCAAGAACCGUUGGGAAAAAUAGUGGGUGGAGUGUGCUCGUUGAGCGGAGUGCUUGUCAUAGCUUUGCCAGUGCCUGUAAUCGUCAGUAACUUCAGUAGAAUUUAUCACCAGAACCAACGGGCGGAUAAGAGGAAAGCUCAGAAGAAAGCGAGGCUGGCACGUAUCAGAAUCGCAAAGGCGUCGAGUGGGGCAGCAUUUGUCAGCAAAAAGAAAGCUGCUGAGGCGAGAAUCGCUGCCCUGGAAAGUGGAUUACAGACGGAUGAAACUUGGAGAGAGGAGGAUAUAUUUGAGCUUCAGCAUCAUCAUCUUCUUCGAUGUUUAGAGAAGACCACGGACCGGGAAUUCGUGGAGAUGGAUGUACCAUUCAAUGGAGCGCCAAAGAGGCCAGGUUCGCCAUCGCCUUUGACAUCGCCGGCCCACAGCACAGCGUCGCGUGGUGGACUGCUGCAGUCAUGCUGCGGGCGUUGCUAUCCUCAGCGUUAUCAGAGGAAGGAAGAGCGAGAGACCGUAUUGGUGGAGCAGCAUCCACUUCAGAUGAGCCAGGACCUUAAGAAGCGCGGUUCCCACCACACCUGCGACAUGCAGGCCCUACAGUCACUUCCGGUCCCAAUCACCACCACCAACACCACCACCACCAAUACUACUUCUACUACUACUACGUCUGCCAUGACUUCUUCUACCUUAAGGCAGCCACCGCUUCGGGUAUCGGAGACCGCUUGAGUCCGAUGAUCGAGCACGCGUUGUUGAUCUACAUCUCGCCGAUGAUCAAGAAAGUAUCUGCUCGAUCAGUAUGUCAGUGAUCACAUGGCCGUGUCCCUGUCUGCCCGAAUUUAACGUAAACUUUACGGUCACUGGAGGGUCCAACGGAGGGAUGCUUACAAUAAAAUAUUGCACGAUUUUUAAUAAUUACUGCAAAAACAAUAAUAAAAAAAAAGUUACAAUAACAUUUUAAUAUUAAUAAUAAAAACAAAAUAACAAUAAUAAUAUUAAUAAUGAUAACAAUAAAAAUUUUUCUUUUUUUUAUAUAUAAUAAAAGGUAUAAUUUGUUAGACCGACACUCCCUUUGUAUCUUUGUACUCAAGUCGGUCAGAAAACAAAAAAUUACUACGCCCUCGUUCUUUCACGCGAUCAAUUGUUGCUUCCGGGUGUAAUUUACCGGGACUACAAACUCAAUAAUGAUUUAAUGAUUAAUAAUAAUAAUAAUAAUAAUAAUAAGAAAUAAUUUAUUGUAAAUAUUUAUCUCGAACUUAUUAAGAGAAUUAAUAUAUAAACAAAGUUACUCUGUUGUUUCUUUUUAAUGAAUAAAUAAUUUAAUAAUUAUUAAAAUAAAAAUAAUAUAAUUAAUUGGAAGUAUUAAGAAUUUAUUGUAGUCCAAAUCUUGCAAUAACAGAAAUUCUAAAAAAUUCCAAUAAUAAAGUAGAAAAUUAAAGAGUAAAGUGGGCAAAGUAAUUAAAAUAAAUAACUAAAACAAAUGUCUAGAUUUUGAAAGUGUAUAAAUGUGUGACGAUAUUGAUUGAAAUAAUGAGAUAAAUAUAUUAUAUA